GAAUCUAUUUAGAAAAUUCAACAUUAAUUCCGCUAAGCUUUAGUUUCGUGUUGGCCUCGAAUUCAAGCAAACCCUGAAAAAAAGUUUCCUUCUUGCCUCAAAAAUCUCCCCUUUUCUUUUAUAAAGUCGAAGUCUUUUGGUACAUUGCUUAGUUUGAUUCCGACCCUUUUGGUCACUCGAUCCAUUGGGUUCUUUUUGAAUUGAAACCCCAAAUUCUUCAAGCCCCUCGCUUGUUGUUUCCGGUGCCGGUGGAUAAUCAGUGAUCGAGUCUUGCAAAUGGCCAAAAGUUCCUUCAAGCUUGAACAUCCUUUGGAAAGGAGGCAGGCUGAAGCUUCUCGCAUCAGGGAGAAGUAUCCAGACAGAAUUCCUGUUAUUGUGGAGAAGGCUGAAAGAAGUGACAUUCCUGACAUUGAUAAAAAGAAGUAUCUUGUUCCUGCUGAUUUGACUGUGGGGCAAUUUGUUUAUGUUGUCCGGAAAAGGAUUAAGCUUAGUGCUGAGAAAGCUAUAUUUGUCUUUGUUAAGAACACUCUCCCUCCUACUGCUGCCUUGAUGUCUGCAAUGUAUGAGGAAAACAAGGAUGAAGAUGGUUUUCUUUAUAUGACUUACAGUGGAGAGAACACAUUUGGUUCGCCUUUACUUUUAGCAUAAUGAUGAUAUCAAUCUAUGUAAAUAGCUGAAAGAAAAGGUGUAAAUUCUCUUGGUGGCGCCUCUUAAGAUGCUCGGUUUCAUGACAAUGACAGUUUCCAACGGUCUGAACUUGGAAUUUUAUUUUCUAUGAAUUCAAUGGCUGAAAUUAAUUCAAUCAGUGAUUUUCAAUUAUA